AAUUACUAUGAAGAAAUAAAGUUUGCCUACUAUAUUUUCUUGUAUUUCAACUCUACACUCCACCUUUUACGAAACUUCCUUCAGACACGUGGGUCCACUUGGCUUGUCUCCUUAAAGUAACAGGACAUAAGUUUUCUUGAAUUCUAACCCCUUUAAUCUUUUGUUGUUCUUCAUUAGAUCUAGCUUGAAAAAAAAAACACAGUAUUUUUAGCUCUUCAAUUGGAAAUCUUUUGGUUGUCUUGACUGGAGUUGAUGUUAUUCCAUUUGGGUAAGCUGUGAUCAAGCAGUUGAAGAUUAUUGUUGCAAAAGUUUCCAGUUAUUUUGACUUGAAGUAAAGUGGUGGGUAAAUCUUCAUUUGGGUAAGUUGUGAGCAAGGUAGUUGAAGAUUUGCCAUGAAAAAGAUGCUAUUUUUACUGUGAAUUGAAUUGUUAAUCUCUAAUAAAGUUUUAAAGGGUUGAUUUGGUUGUACCUGAAAUUGGAUGGAUUUGAGUUGUAGUUUGGAAUUUGCUGUUUUUCUUGGUUUACUUUGUUGAAUGUUAUUAGAAGACUUGUGGAAAGUUUUGGUCAAAGUUUUGUCCUUUGAGGAGGAUUUCUUGUAUUGGUAAUUGAUUAAGGUUUUGGAGAGGUUCUGAGAAUAUUAUACUUUGGAUAAGUACUUUUGAUUUUUUGGAGUUUGACUAUCUUGGAUGUGGAUAAAUUUUGUGUAUUUUUAGCCUAUACAAUUGUGAAAUGGCAAGUUCUGCUGAACCAUCAUCAUCUAUAAGCUUUACUUCAACUGCCAACACAUCGAAUGGGUCCAAUGGGAUUGGCCAAAACACAUGUGCCUAUGGUGGUGGCUCUGAGACAGGGACUAGUUAUGAAAUCACCAGCUUGUGUAAACUCAGUAACAAUUUAGAGCAACUCUUGCUAGAUUCCAAGUCUGAUUUUAGUGAUGCUGAGAUUGUUGUUGAGGGCGUUUCACUUGGUGUUCAUCGGUGUAUAUUAGCUGCCAGGAGUACAUUUUUCAAGGAUCUUUUUAAGAAAAAUAAGGGAAGUUGUGGAAAGGAAGGUAAAUCAAGUUAUUCUAUGAUCGAUAUUUUGCCUUAUGGUAAGGUUGGAUAUGAGGCUUUUCUCACUUUCUUAAGUUAUAUGUACUCGGGGAAAUUGAAGCCUUUUCCUCCUGAGGUAUCAACAUGCGUGGACACUUCAUGUGUCCAUGACUCUUGCAGACCAGCAAUCAAUUUUCAUGUCGAGUUGAUGUAUGCAUCUUUCGUGUUUCAGAUUCCAGAGCUAGUGUCACUUUUUCUGCGACGCCUUAUCAAUUUUGUGGGCAAGGCUCUUGUGGAAGAUGUUAUCCCAAUACUUGGAGUUGCUUUCCAUUGCCAGUUGACUGAACUUCUCACUCAUUGCGUUGAUAGAGUAGCGCGAUCAGAUCUUGAAAGCACAUGUAUUGAGAAAGAGGUUCCCUUUGAAGUUGCAAAUAGUAUUAAGCUAUUGCGGGUGAAAUGUCAGGUUGAUGAAAGUAAGGUUCUACCCAUGGAUCCGUUGCAUGAAAAGAGAAAAAAUAGGAUAUACAAGGCUUUGGAUUCGGAUGAUGUUGAACUUGUCAAGCUUCUACUACAUGAGUCUGACAUAAGUUUAGAUGAAAGCUACGCUCUUCAUUAUGCCGUUGCAUAUUGUGACCCCAAGGUUGUUACCGAGGUUCUUGGAUUGGGUGUUGCUAACGUCAACCUUCGGAAUACACGUGGUUACACUGUGCUUCACAUUGCUGCCAUGCGUAAGGAACCAUCAAUUAUUGUAUCACUUUUGACUAAAGGAGCUCAUGCAUCAGAGAUUACAGUGGAUGGGCAGAGUUCUGUUACUAUCUGUAGGAGGCUGACUAGGCCUAAGGAAUACCAUGCAAAAACAGAACAAGGCCAGGAAGCAAUCAAAGAUCGGGUAUGUAUCGAUGUUUUGGAGAGAGAGAUGCGUCGCAACCCAAUGGCUCGAGCUGCAUCAUUUUCUUCCCCAAUGUUGGCCGAUGAUCUGCCAAUGAAACUGCUCUACCUGGAAAACAGAGUGGCAUUUGCACGAUUAUUGUUCCCUCUUGAAGCCAAACUAGCCAUGGAAAUUGCAAAUGCUGAGACGACAGCUGAAUUCGCGGGCCAUUUGGCAUCUAAAGGUUCAUCUGGAAACUUGAGGGAGGUUGAUCUGAAUGAGACACCCAUAAUGCAGAAAGAAAGGCUCUCAAGGACAGUAGAGCUGGGCAAACGCUAUUUUCCUCAUUGCUCCCAAGUUCUGGAUAAGUUUAUGGAGGAUGACUUACCCGACUUUAUCUUCCUUGAGAAAGGCACUCCAGAGGAGCAAAAGAUCAAGAGGAAGCGAUUUAAGGAGCUCAAAGAUGAUGUUCAAAGGGCUUUUACCAGAGACAAGGCUGAACGUCAUUGCUCUGGCUUGUCUCCCUCAUCAUCUUCCACUUCUUUUAAAGACAAUGCAAGUGUCAAACUUGGGAAACUAUGAUAGUAACUAGGUUUUGUCCUACAAGUUGUUCUUAAACUCAGUUUUGGAUGUAAGAUUAAUAGUGUUAAAAAAUACUAUCUUGUAAAACGUUUCACUAGAGUGCUUGCUCUAUCACUGACCAUUUUCAUAAUU